UUCAUCUCUAUUAAGCACUCAUAACUAUUUAAACUAAGGCAAUUAAAUAUGAAUUUUGGCAAAAUAAACAGUCUAGCCAGACUUCCUGCACUACAGUCAUGCUUACAAUACUCAAGCUCUGCAAAAGCCGAACUGCCGGCAGCCAUGGUUGGUGACGAGAAUGACCUACCGGCAUAUCCCCAGGCGGUGGACAGAUCCGGCCUGCAACCACAACAUAAAAAUGUGCUCCUGAACAAAUUGCCCUACCAAGAGCCGCACUCCUGGAUACAUCGGACCGAGAAGUACCAGAGGCAGGCCUUCGGACGUUACGGUGCCGAAAGUAAUGUGAAUCCAAAGAUCUGUUUCGAGUCCCUUGGAGAGGAAGACAACAGACAGGUUAUGCAACUAGAAACACUAAUGAAAAUGUUGCAGAAGAACCGCGCUCAGAAGGCCGAAGAGCUGGAGAAGAUCACUGCACGCGAGGAUGACAUUGCGAAGAAGAUGGAAAAGUUAAAGCAGUGGAAGGCGGAUCUCCAUGCGAAGGUCGCCAAGCGGGAGGCGGAUGCCGCGGCAGCUAUACAACGUAAGGAACGCCUGGUGGAAGAGGUGCGUCGACACUUCGGCUUCAAGGUGGACACACGCGACGAACGAUUUAAGGAGAUGCUGGAGCAAAAGGAGAAGGAGGACAAGAAGAAGCAAAAAGAGGCCAAGCGAAAAGCUAAGGAGGAGAAGAUGAUGGCCAAGCUGGUAGAGAAGUCAUCUGCGUAAAGUUACUAUAGUUGCUAGUACCAUCGAUUUAAGCAAAGAACUGUUAUCUGUUGCCGUCAAUAAUAAAUAUCCAGCAAUAGAAAAAUA